CGGAAGAAGAGGCACGCCGGCCUUCUGGUUGCGGGAAGCGGUUGCGGGCGUAGGGCUGGUUUGCCUUGCACUCUCUCACCACCAUCACCAAGAGCGUAACAUAGUUUUUUGGUCACCAGCCAUGAUAAAGGACAAGGAAGCAUUUCAGAGACUCAGUUACCUCUACCAGGCAGCACAUUGUAUUCUUGCCCAAAACCCCAACAACCAGGAACUGGCCCGCUUCUACUGCCACACACAGACCAGCAUCAGCCGACGGCUCGUCUUAAGACAGGACCCCUCUGUGAAAAGAACCAUCUGCAAAUCUUGCUUCUCCCUUCUGGUCCCCGGGGUCAGUUCAACCGUCCGCCAGAGAAAGUCCCGUAACCAGCGGUGGACUGCUGUGCGGUGUCUCAACUGCAGCCUAAGCAAGCGUUUCCUCAGCAACCCUGACUAUAAGCUGUGGUCAGAGCAACCUGAAGCAUUGCUGGAGAAUCAGACGCCAGUUGGUGAAGGAGCAAAAGGCCAAACACCUAGCGCUGCCCGGCAACCACCCAAGGUCCCCCAGAUGGAAAAGGCAACAGCCCCGAGUUCCAGAUCCUGCAGCCACCCUGCCUCCGAAGAGACCACAGUGGGCAUCAAAUCUAAGGGACAGAAGGGCCCCAGUGGGAAGUGACCCCCUUCUUUGAGAACAGGCAGGCAACUGUGGCUUGGUAGCAAAUGGUGGGGAGCAGGAGAGGGGCCUGAGCGUCAGCAGAGAAAUAAAAUCUGGCCUAUGAAAGCCCAGCUAACUACUUCAGAAGUUGGGUGGCUAAAGCAAGAUGACUUUGCAGAGAAGGAUCCUCUUGUACAGGGUGCCCAGUUUUGAGGCAGCACGGAAAGCGGUGGCAUGUUGAGCCGAUAGUGGUGUGGUGAGACAGCGUUGCUCGACAGAACUGCCUGUGUCCCCGUUCUCCCACCGUGUCCAGCUAGGGAUCCCGUUGCCUUCUGCAGCUCUUCUGUGACCACAUGAAGGCCCCUCUUCGGCUUGGGCACUGCCUGGAUUUGCCAGCUGCGACAUCAGCUUGCGGGGUGGGUAGGUAUGCAGCUACGUAAGUCCUGGGCUUGGAGAUUGGUGAGCGCAUCCCCAUUGUUGCUGGAGGUGAAGAAAUGGCAACGGGAAGGAUAGGCCUGAUCCAGCUUCACUGUUGUAUAAGAGAAUACUGUUGAAAAACUGAAAAUAAAAUGUUCAUUUUUA